GUUUUUAGUUUUUGUUUGAGCUGGGUGUAUCGGGUUCAGAUUUGCUUCGUGCCAUCAGCAAAAUGAGCGAAACCUACGGCAUGCCAGUGUCCAUGCUGCUGCUCAUUUUAUACAUACUUUUGGAUGUCAAUUAUUUUAUACGUUGUGCAUUUACUGUCCUUACACUGCGAUUGUUUCAGAGCAAGCACAGUGUACUGGACACAACAACCAUCUAUGGCAUAUGCACGCCCCAGGAUGUGGAUAUCUUUUUGCGGCACAUGAACAACGCACGAUUCUUGCGCGAACUGAACUUUGCCAGUGUCCAUUAUUAUAUGUUGACCAAUCUGUACGAUCUGGUGCGCGAGCGAGGUGGCACUAUUGUCCAGGGCGCAACGUCUCUGAGAUAUCGCCGUUUUAUAUCCAUAUUCCAGCCAUACAAGAUACAGACGAAACUAAUCUGGUGGGACGAAAGAGCCAUCUAUUUGGAACAACAAUUUGUGACUCUAACCGAUGGAUUUGUAAACGCAAUCGCACUCUCUAAACAUCGCUUCACCGAAUGCAAUGUCUUCGAAUUGUUGGAGGCAUUUCCCGAAGUCACAUUUCGACCGGAUUUACCCAAGGAAUUGAUGCACUGGCUGGAGUCCAUUGAAGAGUCGAGCCAAAAACUAAAUCCCGACAAUUUUGUCUACGCAUAAAGCAACUAUGUAAAUUAUCAAUCUCUUCAGCAAUUAUUUCACACUAAGCGAUAAUAAUAGUAUAACAUUAUUUUAAUACACCAAAAA